AUGGGCCGGAAAAGAAAGUCCACUCGACGUAUGAGGGAGUCUGAUGAUUCAGAGCAUAGUGAAUCAGGUUCACUAGUGCGAAGAAGGCAUAAGUCGCGACGACGCUAUAACAAGUCGCAAACUCGUGAUUCAUCGAGUGGCUCUGAUGUACCGCGACACUGUAGAGUAUCAAAGAAGCGCCGUAAAUCCAGGAGGUGUUCUGAAACGCCUCAAAGGCGUACUGUACCGCGGGGUCAUAAUGGUACCCCGGAUCCUGGCACAACUCAAAGGCGUAAUGUAUCACGGGGCCAUGAUGUUACUCGAGAUCCUGGCACGCCUCCAAGGCGUGAUGUAUUGCGAAACCAUGAAGAGUAUCAAAAUCCUGAGGAGCUGCAAAGUACACACCUUCUUCAAAAUGAAUAUGCAGCGGGGACGUCACAGCCUGCUACUAUACCAGCAGUAACACCAAACGUGAGUGCACCUCAAAUUAAUGUUAGUACUGACUUUAAUGCUAACGUUUUAGCCUUGGCCUUCAAGGAGCUUAUUCAGACCAUGAAAACAGAUGGGGAUGAUAGAUCAGUAAGAACUAGUGCAGAAGCAACACAAUUCACAGAACCUGAUAAACUAUUAGUCUAUUUAAGGAAUGUACGAUUAACUAGGAAGCCUGAGAAGCCAAGUCCAUCCAUGCAAGCAGGCUCACUAAAUGUUAUAAUUGUAAGGAAGAAGGACAUCCAUAUUUUCUUUGUAAGAAACCAAUCAUACGCUGCGAGAGUUGCCAUAGAAUUGGUCAUGUAUCUAAUAAUUGUCCGGGAAAAACUGACUCCAAAGCCAACGAAAGCAAUAGUAAAAACAGUUUUACGUAUUUCGAAACAACAAGAUAACGAAUCGAAAUAUUUCAAAGUUGCCAAAGUUAAUGGUCAAAAUCUUGAUUGCUACGUUGAUUUUGGAAGCCAAUGUACCAUGUUAAGAGAAUCUUUUGCAAGAAAUUUUGUCAGUACUUGGUCAGUAUCAGAAUUACCAGUUAUAAGAGGAUUUGGAGAUAGUAUAGUGAAUUGUUUAGGCAAAUUUGUUGUUGAACUAGAGAUAGAUUCGGUCAAAGCUUCCGUAGAGGUACUUAUCGUACCAGACCAUCUAUUACAAGUACCUUUGUUAGUUGGGCAAACAUUUACGGAGCAGGAACACAUAGUUGUUUAUAAAAACAAAAAUCAAUUGAAAAUAUCCACUUACCCAACAACCAGUGUUCAAUUGUAUGUUAAAAAUUCAGUAACGGUAAAAGGAUUUACUGUCUUAGAUGUUUAUUCUAAACCAGAUUACACAGGUGACUUAUUUAUUGAACCGAGUCUUUGCCAAGACCCCCAAAACCCGUACGAAAUCUCACAGAGCAUAAUUCGCGUAACUAAUAGUCAUGGUAAUAUUGUUAUAAAGGGACUUGACCCUGAGUUUGUUUUAACGAAAGAUAUGUUGUUGCUUCGAGCAUUGCCUUUAACUGAAUUGAAAUUUGAGUCGCUAAAUGUUAGUAAAAUUGAACACUGCCCUGAUAAUAAUAAUAUAUUCAGAAUCGAAGCAGAGGCUAUACAAGUGGAUAAUUCAAUUGGUCCUGAUAACCCCGAUAACUUGUGGGACGAAUGUGUAUCUGAAAUUCAAUGGGGACUGAAUAAUACUCAGAAUAAGGGUACGGGAAAGAGCCCCGCACAGGCAUUAUUUGGUCUGGACUUGGUAGGUACGUCAGGCUCUUUAUUGCAACUUAGUGUUACAGAUAGUGCUGAUAAUGUUGAUACUCCUAUAGAAGACAUAAGGAGAGAGAUGACAGAGCAAAUAAGAGACAAUCAAGAUAAACAAAAGCAACGGUUUGACAAAAUUAGGAAGGAAGUUACAUAUAAUGUAGGUGACCUAGUCAGAAUAGAAAGAGAAAUUUCAUCAACCGGUAACAGUAGAAAAUUAAUCCCAAAACUUAGAGGUCCGUAUCGUAUAAAAGAAGUUUUAGAUAAUGAUCGUUAUGUUGUUGAAGAUACGCCAUUAUCCAGGAAGGGUAACAGAAAUUUUAGUAGCAUUUUCUCUGUAGACAAAAUUCACCCUUGGAUGGUUUUUAAUAGAGCAGACACAGAGUCUGAAACUUCAAAUAAUGAUGAUGCUGACGAGUUAGAAGUAAGA